CGCGCUUUCAAACAAAGCACAAUAAGCUAUAUAUCUAACGGUCAACGUGUGGCAAGUCCAGCUACUGCAGUUCUACGCACGAAACAAUGGCCAUCCGAAGGUGUGCCUGUUUCUUCGACAGCAGCGGCCAGCACGAUCGGCGGAUUAAGUCGCUAAGGUCUCACAGCUAGGCCUAGCCGACGAGGUGUCGAAGUUGAACAAAAGAAAACUAACUGCUUGUACGUCCAAGGAUCUCUCUCCCGAAUUUGGUUAGCCACACGAUGCAAGAAUCAUUUCCCUGGGUUAAACUGCUACUCCUUUCCUGCCUUCUGGCGGUCGUCUACGCCAGAGAAAAAGUGAGAAUGAAAAAUGGUGCCGAGUGCAAAGGCGAACUGUACAUUCCUUUCAAGCCAUGCGUGAGGUACUGCAGAGUCAGUUGGGUGUUGUUCGUGCCGAAAUAUCAAGAACAACAAGUUGCUGACGGAACUCCAUGCAGGAGGCUGCUCAUUUUGAGAGGUGUGUGUCAGCAUGGAAGGUGCGUGAAGCUAGGAAAGGUAACAAAGGCACCGAAGAUAAACUUCACGGCCAUAACGAUGACUGCUGAGCCAACAAGCCCAACUGUCGCUCCUCUAGUUGCUGAUUAAAGCGACAACCGGCACUUAGCACGUGGGUCCAGGACGUCUUGACGGAAAUAAAAAAUUAGCGGCACUAA